GGUGUUGGUCGGUCCUAGUAUUUUAUUUGCUACACAUACACAUAUGCAGUAGACUUUGUGCUCAUCAUCUCCUCGACCAUCCCGAGUCGCAUCAUUCGCAUCUCCAACCAUCCCAGUGACCAUUUAGCUGUUGUCGACGACAGUACAAGUCGUGGUGAGAGUCAGUUUAGAAAAUUGCACUGCCAGUUACAAGGGCCACUCGCAGCAUAAGUAGGCAACAAACCCAAAUUCUACUCAAUGCAGUUUCACUUUUCACUCAGGUUUUUGUGUCCGAGGCCAAGGAAUUCAAUCAUUUUUAACCUGAUUUCAUAAAGUAUUUACUACGUUUACAUUCAUUCAAAUGUAACAGAAAACAAGUUAGUGUUGAAGCAAUACAACCACUUCUCUUGAAAUUAAUUUGAAUAAUAUGAAGUUCCACAAGUUCAUACACGCGUUUGUAAACCUCGUGCUAUGGAUGUUACUCAUUAUCUUUGUGUUCCCCGUCCUUGCCGUCUUUUUCAUAUGGAAAUGGACAGUGAUAUUAGUCGCAAAAUUAUUCUAUAACGAUUUACACUGCACAGAGCCAAAUGAUACUUAUUUCGCAAUUGACGACAGUCAAGGAAUUCCAAUUGUAAACGCAGCACAAAUAUGGAGAAUUAAUGGAAAAGUGCAAAUUAAUGAGUUUAGAAAACAUUUUUACAAAUGUUUUUUAUCAGACGACGAGUCUCGUAGAAGAUACAGAAACUUUUACUGUUAUCUCGUAAAGUUUGGUGGAUACGUGUUCAAAAAAAGUGUUCAAGAGAUUGAUUUGGAGAAGCACAUUUUAGAGAGACGCCUCGAGCCCGGCAUCGAGCUUGAGUCGUGGAUAACAAAAUGGUUUGUUGAAGAUCCGUUUUUGCCGAACGCACCCCUUUGGCAAAUCGUCAUUCUGCAACUUCCCGUCACCAGUCAGAACGAGAAAUGCGAAACAAUAUUUCUAUACAAAAAUCACCACUGUUUAGCAGACGGGUAUGGUUUUAUCCAUCUCGUGGACACUCUUACAGGAAGCUCUUCUCCGUAUUUGGUGAAAGAUGAGGAUGAUUCAUUCAGUGAUAAGUUAAAAGAUGCGUUCCUCUUCCCUCUUACUUUGGCAGAGUAUUACCUUGGGGUUUCACGGACUACUGAUAUGUUUUAUCCGAUCAAAAACCCAGACAGUCGCUGGUUCCUUGGCUUGGCUAGCAUGGAUUUGAAAUCCUUAAAAGAAAUUCGAAGGAAAACGAAUACACAUUUCAUCACAGUAAUGAUGAGUUUAACUAUAGGCGCAUUAAGGCGCUUAAUAACAGAGAAACGUAGUGCAGAAGAUAUCCCAACAUCUAUCUAUACUGCCAAUUCCCUUCCGUGGCCAGGCCAUCCAAGAACCACCUUGGUCAAUCAUUGGUCUGGUGGUGUGUUUAACAUUCCUUUUCGUACUGCGGAUCCACUGGAACGACUUCGAGGGGCAGACCAAUUUUUCAAGCACUUUCAUGACAUCCAUAUGCAUAAAAUGGUCAGACGCUUGAUUAUUCCGGUCACUUGGAUAAUUCCCAGUUUUCUUAUGCGUCUGGGACAUUCUAUGGAUCUCUACUACUUUAGAUACUCAAAUACAUUUGCCUCGUUAAUGCUAUCCGAAAAAACUCACUACCUUCUGGGCCAUAAGAUAGAAAAUAUGUAUCUUCCAUUGGGAUUAACGAAAAGCGUCCCUACGUGCGUAAUGUUUGGUGUGUCCACAUCUCAUGCGGACAAAGUGGAUCUAAGCAUUAUGGCAAAUUCUGAGAUUGUCUCCAGCCAAACUGACGUUGACCGUCUCACCAAGGUCUACUUUCCGAUGGAAAUUGAGAGUUUGCAGAAACGAUUGCAGGAGUCCAACAACAAUGAAUUUGUUAUAGAUUUUAAAUAACUAUUUAGAUAUAAAAGAUUUAUACUUUAAGUUUAUUAUUUUGUACAUACAUAAAAUGCACAUACAUUAUGCACAACCAAUAAAGCCAAACUUUUACAGGGUUUAUAUUUAGUUCCGUCGCAGAACUAUAUUUGAAA